UGAUCCGAUUGGUUGUACGCCAUGACGUUUAACGCACGUUUUUGUUGUGGAGCGCGCCAAACACAGCCACCAGAGCGAAAGUGCUUGAAAUUCUAAAAGUGGCUAAUAAUUUAACCCAGCUUGGAACUGAACUCACAGUUCACGGGAAACAUGACUUCUACAAGUAAAGUGCCGUUACAGGCCAGAAACUUACCAUGGGUUGAAAAAUACAGACCACAGAAACUUGAUGAUCUGAUCUCACACAAAGAUAUUCUAAGCACCAUCCAGAAGUUUAUAAGUGAGGACAAGCUUCCCCAUCUCUUGUUCUAUGGCCCCCCUGGAACAGGGAAAACCUCCACCAUCCUUGCCUGUGCCAAACAGCUGUACAAGGAAAAAGAGUUCAACUCCAUGGUGUUGGAGCUAAAUGCGUCAGAUGACAGAGGUAUUGAUGUUGUACGAGGUCCCAUUCUGAGUUUUGCCAGCACCAGGACCAUCUUCAAGAAGGGUUUCAAGUUGGUGAUACUGGACGAAGCCGAUGCCAUGACCCAGGAUGCCCAGAAUGCAUUGCGGCGAGUGAUUGAAAAGUUUACAGAAAACACUCGAUUCUGUCUGAUCUGCAACUACCUGUCCAAGAUCAUCCCAGCUCUGCAGUCGCGAUGCACAAGAUUUCGCUUUGGCCCGCUUUCCCAGGACCAGAUGAUCCCUCGUUUGGAGUAUGUAGUACAGCAGGAGAAAAUUGACAUAAAUCCAGGUGGAAUGAAGGCCAUUGUGACCUUAUCAUCAGGUGAUAUGAGAAGAUCGCUCAACAUACUGCAGAGCACCAACAUGGCGUACGGGAAGGUCACAGAGGACACGGUGUACACCUGCACGGGGCACCCCCUCCGCUCAGAUAUAGCCAACAUCCUUGACUGGUCCCUCAACAAAGACUUCACCACAGCGUACAAGCAAAUCCUUCAGUUGAAGACUUUGAAAGGUUUGGCCCUGCAAGAUAUCCUCACCGAGGUUCAUCUGCUCAUACACAGAGUGGACUUUCCUCCUGCCAUUCGGAUAGGUUUGCUCAUCAAGUUGGCUGACAUUGAACACCGACUCGCCUCUGGAACCGAUGAGAAGAUCCAGCUCAGCUCCAUGGUUGCAGCUUUCCAGGCAGUUAGAGACCUUGUGGUCAGCGAGGCCUCCUAGAUACAGUAACCAUUUAACUCCCCCGUGAAAUUCUGUCUCUUGAACGCAAACCACUGGGGAAAAACUUUUUCACCAUUUCCUUGGUGCUUCCAUCACUGAUCAGUACACAUUGUUUGAAUAACUUGAGUUUGGCUAUCUAGAAAGAACACAAAUGCACCACCACUGCUCCACUGAUGUACAGUGAAGAUAGAAAUGCUGGCAGCUAUCUGAGUCACUCACAUCUGCAUACAAACAGAGCAAAAUGGAAGGCAGUCGUUUGCUACUCUAGUAAAAAGAAGUAUCCUUUUGUGCACUCAAAAUAUGGAUUUGGAAAACUGUAAAUCUAGUUACUAGCAUAGGAUCAAUUUUCUGUCACCAAUUCACCCAUUGUAAAUGUAUUAAAGUGCUCAUUAUGCUUUU